AUGCCCACCUUUCGUGCUCUUUUCCUGGAGCUUUUUAUUGUUCGCCUGCUCCCGUUGCUGGUUAUCGCUCUGGGACUCUACGCAACUCGGUGGACUCGCGAGCUGUUUCGCACCCGCGUACUCAUUCCCAUUGAAGACACUCUGUUUGGGCUUUUUGACUACCGCCAACGUAUGCCCGCUGUACUCCACGCAGUUCGGUACCUGGCAGGUCGGCAACAACAUCAGGAAGAAGAUGUGGAGCUUCAGCUUUUGCCACCACCACCAGAAGAGCCCUUACCAGACGAGCCCUCACCGGAGGAGUAG